AGCACCUAAGUUGUGAGGUUGUGGGUUCAAGUGAACGAGUAGGUCCAUGAUACAUCACUGCUGCUAGUGGGUCCACGUGUCAGGACAUGCACUGUUUACAUGGCCAGAAAAGGUUGUGGUAAAUUUGAAGAAAACUCUCGAAACAGAAUUGACAAUGAAUCUUUGUAUUGGUUCAUCUACCCGAUUCCAUCCGAUUCCGAUUCCCGUACGCCGCCAUAGCCGGAAACAGUUGGCUUUCAGACCAAGUUGUAGUCAAACGAAACAGAAGAAUAUAUGGCCGUCAGUUUCUGUCGCCCUCUUCGGCUGCGGUUUCGUUCUGGGCCCACUUCUCGACGGCAUCCACUCCAGGGUUAAUCUUGUCGUCUAUCAAAACGGAUCCAUUGAUAUCGGCCCUCUUCACACCAACAUCUGGGUUCCUCCAUUGCUUGGAUUGUUCUACACCACUGUUGGUCUGCUGCAACUUUUUCUCGAUCAAAAAUUCUCACUCACUCCCCCUGAGGAUGCUUUCCCCAAAGUUCUCGCUUCACUUGUAGCGCUGGUGGUGUUCUUGGAUUUAAGCGCUGAGUUGUACAAAGGUGGAGUUGAAGACAACGUGGAAGCCUACAUACUGUUUGCUGGUGCUGAGUUGAUGUGGUUAGCUCUGGACCGGUCUCGGCUGGGGUUCGCGCUGGCUUGCAUAGUUGGUCUUGCCUGUCCGCUUGCCGAGAUUCCUGUAAUGAAAUUGUUUCACCUGUGGUACUACCCGCAGGCGAAUAUUGAGAUUCUGGGGCAGGGUCUGGUGACUUGGACGCUCACUUGUUAUUUUGCCUACACGCCAUUCUUGAUUGCAUUGUCACGGUGGCUCAAGACGGUUGUAACCAAUGCAAUGGCCGAAAGGUGAAUUCGUCGAAAGAUAUGGGGGAGCAUAUAGAGCAAUCAAAGCUUAUGAGAGAUGAAGCCUCGGACAAGUGAUUCAUCUCUUGCAUCGACAAAAUGAUUACAUUCUUGUCUGAGUGUGGUGUUUUUUGUGAUUCGACAUUAGGUAACUAAUAACUUUGACGACAAAAAUUAAUGCAGAUUUCCUAAUGUACAUUAAUGUAAAUCAUAGUUUAAAACCAUGUUGCACUAAAUGUUUUAUGAAAUGGGAUUACUUGGAGUACAUUUGUAUGUCACAAGGCAGCGGUUGAAGACCAUACGCUUGUGGGACAUGAAACUUAAGUUAUGAGUUUGCUGGAUAGCAGAUGGAAACAAAACCAUAGAAGAACGAAUUGGAAAAACAGGAGGUGUAAACGUACGUCACCGUCCCUGUUUUCAGCGUGUUGCGUACCAACGACAUUGAUCAGUUGAAACUUUCUAUUUGGAUCAUUUCUCGUGUUUUCUUACGCUGAAUCUUACAAUUUUGUAGCGAUAAUGCAAGGGUAAAUAAGUGUGAUUAUAAUCGGGUGUAGGCUUUUAUUUUUUGUAGUUGUAUUCGACUUUGUUGAAUGAACGCGACCAUUGUAAUCA